AAGCUGAUGAAUGUGGAUUUGUUUGUAGAAAUUAAACUUUAUUUCAUUGUAAUAUAAACUAGAAUUCAUUGCAAUUUUUAAUAUGUAUUUACAUUUCUGUUUUUGGGAAAGAAAAGUAUCAACAAUCAAUGCCUUUGUUAAAUAGAAGCUGAAUUAUAAUUUCCAGGCCUUGUUGAAACUAGAUAAACCUCAAGAAAUUAAAUUAUGAAACGAGCCUUUGUGUACGGCAGCAACAGAUACAAUGGGCUGGUUAUGGCAGUCCCAGAUUCGAUGGAGGACUUCGUGAAAGAAAUCUCGGAAAAGUUCCAACUGCAGGCGGAAAAUAUAACAUUAACCACAUCAAAUGGCUGUGAAAUUUGUGACGUUCAACUCAUAAGAGACGACGAUAAGAUAUAUGUCUCGACAGACGCUCAGAAUGCCUCAAACGAGAGUGAAACAUUAGGCAAAUCCUUGGAGACCUUAGCUUUGGAUGAGGUGGAAAAGCAGGCUGUUUCCGAGUGGAUAACGCUGAAUGUUGGCGGGAAACACUUCACGACUUCCAGAUCCACUCUCCAGGCCAAAGAACCAUUGUCUAUGCUUGCAAGGAUGUUCACAAAUGAUGAUAAAGGCUACCUCAUGAAUCCUAGCGUUGUGGACAAUACUGGGGCGUAUUUAAUAGACAGGAGCCCGCAGUAUUUUGAGCCUAUUUUAAAUUAUUUAAGACAUGGGGUGGUGAUACUAGAUAAGCAUGUGAAUCCCAAAGGAGUGCUUGAAGAGGCUUUGUUUUAUGGUAUAGACUCGAUGAUACCGCAACUCCAGCAGUUGAUAGAGCAAGCCGAUAGCCGACCUGGUAGUGACAGUCAAGCACUAACUCGCAUGGACGUUGUACGGUCCCUCAUAGCCACACCAACUUCAUCAGAGCUACGAUAUCAGGGGGUCAACUUGUCUGGGGCUGAUCUGAAUAGACUGGAUUUGAGGAAUAUUAAUUUUAAGUACGCGAAUCUGUCUGGCUGCAACCUGUCGGGCUGCAACCUGUCCCACUGCUGGCUGGAGCGCGCCGACCUGUCGCACGCCAACCUCGAGGCCGCCACGCUGCUGGGGGUCAAGGCUCUUUGUGCUAAUAUGGAAGGUGCUAAUCUGAAAGGCUGCAAUAUGGAAGAUCCUGCCGGAUUCAGAGCAAUAAUGGAAGGAGUUAAUCUUAAAGGUGCAAACCUAGAAGGAAGCAACAUGGCGGGCGUGAACCUGCGAGUGGCCACGCUAAAGAAUGCCAACUUGCAGAACUGCGACCUCCGGACCGCGGUCUUAGCCGGGGCGGAUUUAGAAUGCUGCGACCUAUCCGGCAGUGACCUACACGAGGCGAACCUCCGGGGGGCCAACUUGAAAGACGCGGCCUUCGAACUCAUGCUGACACCACUGCACAUGUCGCAGACUAUACGCUGAACUAGUGUUGAACCUCGGUCUAAGUG